AUGGAUUGUUUCUUCAGCAAGGGCAUUGGAGGACGCUUAUCCGUCUGCAAGCAUGGUACUAGCAUACUCCAUCCAUACCGAACAACUCCACUGGUUCUGCCUGGUGCUAAGGUCAAGAAGGAUGCUCCAACCACAGAAUCAUACCUGAGGUAUCACCCGAAUCCGGCUGUGCGCGCUCAUCCCGGCCACGACUUCCAUGACAGCGUGAUGAAGCAACGCGUCGCCGACACCAUGUUGCACAAAGUAGUUGGCCAGGAUGCCGAUACUGGCAGGGUAUUCCACAAACAAUUCAACUCCCCCAUUGGCCUGUAUUCAGACAGCAACAUCGAGAACACCAUCAGACAAACAGUUCCGUAA